AGAAGGACUGAAGGCUAAAUUUUACCAAAAUCAAAGGGCCCAAUAAUAAAAACAGAAAUCCUUAAACCCCAAAAUGUAUAGUAGCCCCUUCUCUGAAAAAGAAAAGGAAAGACAAAACUGGAUCGCGGAAAUGUCCGACAACGAAGAAGAGCCACCUCUUGCUAUUCGAAUCGACCAAAUUGUCGCAGAACCUUCCCAAUCCAAUCCCGAGCAACGUCCAGACGACAACGUUUCAGUUGGGGUAACCGUCAUCACAGGCUACCUGGGUGCCGGCAAAUCCACUCUUGUUAAUUAUAUAUUGAAUGCCCAACAUGGGAAACGGAUUGCUGUGAUUUUGAAUGAGUUUGGUGAAGAGAUUGGAGUUGAAAGGGCUAUGAUAAAUGAGGGAGAAAGUGGUGCACUUGUUGAAGAAUGGGUUGAACUAGCAAAUGGGUGCGUUUGUUGCACUGUUAAACAUAGUUUGGUUCAGGCCCUGGAACAACUUGUUCAAAUGAAGAAAAGACUUGAUCACAUAUUAUUGGAGACCACAGGGUUAGCGAAUCCUGCUCCUUUGGCUUCUGUUCUUUGGUUGGAUGAUCAACUGGAAUCUUCAGUCAAGCUUGAUUCUAUAGUUACUGUUGUAGAUGCCAAAAACCUGCAUUUUCAGCUAAACAGGCAUCGUGACUCUUCCUCAUUUCCUGAAGCAUUUCUUCAAAUAGCAUUUGCGGAUGUUGUAAUUCUUAACAAGGUUGAUUUGGUUUCUCUAGAGGGCUCUGAAGGUGCACUAGAGGACCUGGAGAAUGAGAUACGUAGCAUAAACUCCCUUGCCAACAUCAUUCACUCUGUUCGGUGUGAAGUAGACUUGUCUCAGAUACUGAACCGGCAGGCAUAUGAUGCUAUGCAUGCCACUCAUUUAGGAGCACUCUUAGAAGAAAGCAAAUCUAUAUCUUCCAGAGAUCUUCAUGAUAGUGGUGUUCGCACAUUAUGCAUUAAUCAGAGAGAAGCUGUUGAUCUUCAUAAGGUCCGUUUAUGGAUCGAGGAGAUUCUUUGGGAUAAGAAGUAUGACAUGGAUGUCUAUCGCUGCAAAGGGGUUUUAAGUGUUCAAAAUUCUGAUAAUCUGCAUACGUUGCAGGCUGUAAGAGAGAUAUAUGAGAUUGUUCCGACUCGCCAAUGGAGAAACGAUGAAAAACAGAUGAACAGGAUAGUGUUUAUAGGUCAUAAUCUGGAUGAAAAUAUUCUCGCCGAUUCCUUUCGAGGUUGUAUAUGAGAACUUAAUCCGAGUGACACUCCAUUGAAUUCUUUUAAAUAGAAUCUGAAUACCCAAAGCUACUGUUUAAACUCCCAUUACUCAUGUGAUGUAACAAUGACUUUUUAGCUAGAAAUAUAUGAAAGCUAAAGUAUAUUUGAAACUAUUAUUGCUUCACACUUUAAUCUCUGCAUUUAUGUGUACGGAUUUGCAUACAUAUUUUAGAAGCCAGUACAAUUUAACAGG